UUUGCCUGGAACGGAUUCAGCGGCAGAAUCUUGCGAGACAACUUGUGUCUGCUGCAGUCAUGGAUGGCACGGAGGUUCUCGAGGGACUCCACGGUGACAAAUUUGAGUUCUCUGAAAAAGAGAUCAAGGAGUAUGCCCAGGACAUAGGCAUUGAUCCAGAAAAAGAGCCACAGCUUAUGUGGCUUGCCAAGAAGGCCAUGGCUACACAAUUGCCGACAGGAUGGUUGGAACGCGAAAAGGAGAGUGGGAAAAUUUACUAUUACAACUGCCAAUUAGGCACAUCCAUUGUGGACCAUCCCUGCAAAGUGCACUACUGUCAGCUGGUGGUUCAGGAGCGUGAGCGUGUCCUCCACCCACCUGGUGAUGAGACUUCUGCUGUGAAGAACAAGAAGAAAUUGAAAGAGAAACAGGAGGGAAGGAAAAGGGCAAAGGAAGCACUCAAAACACAAGGAGAUUCAAGAGAGAGUGAUCCAGAUCCAGCAGAAGAUAGUAUUAACAGGACCAGUUGUGGAGACCACGGUAGCGAUUCACCACAGCCACAGCUGUCUGGAGAGUUCCUCUGCUCUGAUCUUCUAGAAAAAGUAGUUGAAGAAGGGGAGCAUAUGUUGGUGACGAAUAAGAAGGUUGAGCCUGCGAAGGUUGAGCCUGCUAACAGUGACUUCACUUGUGCAGCACCCAUAACUGGCCCGCAAAUCCUUGAAGAGCACCCUGAUGAAGAGAAGUUCUCUGAAGAAGACAUCAAGGAAUAUGCACAGGACUUGGGCAUUGAUCCAGAGAAAGAGCCUCAGCUCAUGUGGCUUGCCAAGGAGGCCAUGUCUGCCCGACUUCCUCCAGAUUGGUUUGCUUACCUAGAUGAGCGUGGAGAUGUUUUCUAUUCCAACUACCAUUCAAACACAUCCAUAUGGGAACAUCCUCGUGAUGUCCAGUACCGCAAACUGGUGGCUCAGGAGCAUGAGCGCAUACAGAGGGCCGCUGCUCUCUUGGCAUCAGAAGGCAAAGAGAACAAACAAGAGAAAACAAGUGGCUUCAGAGGCGCUGAUGCAACAGAAGAGAUGAGCAAGCUAGAUGUGAUCGGCAAGGCCCAAUCUCAGAACCACAGUAGUGAAACACCACAGCAACAGCAACAACCAGAGUCCAAGGUCUCUGAAAAUUGUGCUUGUUGUGACAAUCAACCGGAGACAAAUGCCAAAGACAAAUGGGAGAAUGAGGCAGCCAAGAGUAGCCACCUUGUGUCUGCAGCAGGCACAUGUAGCCUACAGAUCCGUGAGGAUCACAAGGAUGAAGAACUUUCUGAAGAAGAGAUUAAGCAGUAUGCACGGGACAUAGGCAUAGAUCCAGAGAGAGAGCCAGAUCUUAUGUGGCUUGCCAAGAAGGCCAUGGCUGAAAAACUGCCUCCAGGAUGGUUAGAGCGAGAAGAUGAGAGUGGGAACAUUUACUUUCAUAACUGCCAGUUAGACACAUGCAUCUGGGAAGACCCCUCAAAAAUGCACUAUAGUCAGCUGGUGGUUCAAGAGCGUGAGCGUAUCCAGUGCAUAGCUGUUGGUGGGGCCUCUGUGGUGAAGAAGAACAAGAGGAAAGUAAAAGAAAAACAGGAGGAAAGAAAAAGGGCAAAGAAGAAGAAUUCAUGCAGUAUCCGUGCGGAUUUAGCAGAAGAGAUUACAAACACAAUUACUGAAUCACCACAGAAACCGCUGUUGGGAGAACUGCUGGAUUCUCAUCAUAAUUUGGCAACAGAUAUGGAAAAAGCCAUGAAAGAAGAGGAAAAAAGUGAGAAGGCUGGGAUUCCUAUCAGGUGUAGUAAGCAUGCAGAUAAACCACCUCCUCUAAAGAGUGACAAAUUUGAUACACAAUUAUCUAAAGCUUCAAAUUUUGAGAGCGGAGUGAAAAAAAAUCUAAGCUAUGAAAUUGUACCAGAAAAGAAGAUGGGAGAGAAGGAGGAGACAUACAGGACUGAAAAAGAGCAGGGUGAUCUGAAACAGAGAAAUGUAGAGAGAGAAAAGAACAGCAGGAAAGUUGAUAUGGAGGGGAAUGACAGAGAGCAUUUAAUUAGGGAGGGGGAGACAAAAAUGCAUACUCUCCAAAAGGAGACGAAGAGAGAGGAAGAGGUGGAAGUGUGGCAGUUGAAAUGUGAGAUGGAGAUGAGAAUGCUUCCCCCCCAGAAAGACCUCAGCAUAGAAGUACUCAAGUGUUUGACUGGAGAGAAAGAAACGCAAGGACGACUCCAUGAGGAACAACUGAGGACAGACGAGGAAGAGGUGAAGCUGUUGAAUAAGGAGAGGGUAUUGAGAAUCUGCCGCUACCAGGAGCAGCUGAAGAGAGAGGAAGAGGAGGAGAUGGAGAGAUUGAGACUCGAGAAGGAGAAAAGACUACUCUACUAUGAAGAACAAAGGAGAGAGGAACAGGCAGAGGCAGAGCGCUUAAUUAGGGAAAAGGAAAGAAUAGAGCACUACCAGAUGGAACUAAAGAAGGAGGAAGAAAAGGAGGUGGAGCGCUUAAAGAGGGAAAUGGAAGUUAGAACAUGUCUCUAUAAGAAGCAACUAAGUAGGGAAGAAGAGAAAGAGGUGCAACAAUUUAAAAAGGAAAGUGAGAAUAGAAGACAUUUCCUGCAGGAGGAGCUAAAGAAAGAGGAGGCGGAGGAGGAAAAGCAAGUGGAGCAGUUGAAGAAGGACAAAGACCUGAGAAGACAGAUUUACCUAGAAGAACUGAGGAAAGAGGAAGAGCAAGAAGUUGAACAGUUAAAGAGGGAAAAAGAAAAAAGAAUGUGCCUCCUGAAAAGAGAGGACAAUAUAGAGGUGGAAGGAUUCAAGAGAGAGAAAGAGAUUAGAACAAUUCUCCGCUUGGAGGAAAGGAAGAAAGAGGAGGAGGAGGCAGAUAAGUUCCAACAGGACAAGGUGACCAGAUUGUAUCUUUUUCAGAAAAAGAUGAUACAAGAGGAAGAGGAAGAGACUGAACGGUUGAAGAAAGAAAAGGAGAAGCAAAUAUGUUUCCACCAGGAGGAGCUAAAGAGAGAGGAAGCGGAAGAGUUGGAGCGAUUGAAGGCAAAGAAAGAGGCAAGAAUGUGUCAGCUCUGGGAACAGCAAAGGAGAGAGGUACAGGAAGAGGAGAUGUUGAAGAGGGAGGAAACAAGAAAAAAAGCAGAGAUUGAAAAAAUAAUGCCACUCUCACAGGAGGAGCUAAGGGGAGAGGAAGCGGUCAAGGCAGAGCAGCUGAUGACGGACAAGGAGAAGAGAAUGGCUCUCCUUUUGGAGGAGCUGAGGCGGGAGGAAGAUGCCGAGAUACAACGGUUGAAACAGGAGGAGUCUAGAAUUCAUCUCUGCCAUGAAGAGCUAAUUCAAGAAGAAGAGGAGGUGAAGCGGUUGAAGACUGAGAAGGUGGCAAGAAUGCAGUGUCGCCAAGAGGAGCUGAGGAGAGAGGAAGAGGCAGCGGUUGAGGAGUUGAAGAGGGAGGAGACAAAAAUAAGGAUUGAGAUUGGCCUUUGCAAGGAGAAGUUAAUGAGAGAACAAGAGGAGGAGGCUGCGCAGUUAAGAACAGAGACUGAAAUAAGAAUGUGCUUAUCUCGGGAGGAGCUGAAAAGAGAGGAAGAGGAGGAGGUGAAGCGGUUGAAGACUGAAAUUGAAAUGAGAAUUCAACUCCGCCGGGAGAAACUGAGGAGAGAGGAAGAGGAGGAGGUAGAGCAGUUGAAGCGGGCGAUGGAGGCAAGAAUGUGUGACCACCAGGAGAGGCUUAGACAAAAGGAAGGGGACGAGGUUGAGCAGUUGAAUACUGAAAUGAAGGUCAAAAUGGAACUACACCAAGUGAAGCUAAGAAGGGAUGAAGAGGAGGAAGCAGAACAGUUGAAGACAGGGAAGGAGGCUAGAAUGCGUCUCUAUUGGGAAGAGUUAACGCAAGCGGAAAAAAAAGAGGUGGAAGAGUUGAAGAGGAAGGAGACAAAUUUGAAGUCUGACAUGGGGAUGAGGAUACAGCUCUGCAAGGAAGGUAUCAGGAAAAUGGAAGAGGAUGAGGUAAAGGGGUUGAAGACACAGAAGGAGAUAAGAAUGCGCCUUUGCCAGGAGAAGUUGAGAAGAGAGGAAGUGGUGGAGGUGAAACAAAUGAAGACAGCUAGGGAGACGAGAAUACGUCUCCGCAGGGAGGAGCUGAGGAGGGAGGAAGAGGAGGCCGUGAAGCAGUUGAAGGCAGAAAAGGAAAUCAAAAUGCAUCUCAACUGGGAGGAGCUGAGACGAGUGGAAGAGGAAGACAUGGAGCGCUUCAAACAAGAUAAAGAGACGAGAAUGCGUCUCUGCCGGGAGGAGCUAAGAAGAGAAGAAAAUGAGGUGGAGAAGUUGAAGGAGGAGGAGAGGAAAAAAAAGAAAGAUCUUGAGAUGAGAUUGCGUCUUUGCCAGCAGGAGCUUAGCCGUGAGGAAGACGAGGAGGUGGAGCGUUUGAAGACCGCAAAAGAGACGAGAAUGAGCCUGUGCUUGGACGAGCUGAGGCGAGAGGAAGUAGAGGAGGCAGAGCGUAUAAAAAGGGAUCUUGAGAGGAGAAUGCAUAUUCACCAGCAGGAGCUGAUGAGAGAGGAAGAAGAGGAAAUUGAGCAUUUGAAGACUGUGAAGGAGGCAAGAGUGAAACUCUACCUAGAGGAACUAAGCAAGGAGGGAAAUGAGGAGUUUGAGUGUUUGAAGAGAGAGAGAGAGAUGCAACUGUCCUUCCAUCGGGAAGAUCUGAGGAGAGAGGAAGAAGAGGCAGUACAGCGUCUGGAGAAUAAAAAGGAGAGCAGAAUACAGCGCCACCUGCAAGAGCUUAGAAAAAAAGAAGCAGAGGAGGUCCAGCAGUUUAAUAAGAAGAAGAUGCGAUUAAAGACAGAGAUGGAGAAAAGAAUGUGCCUUUUCCAGGAGGGGCUUAGAAGAGAGGAAGAAGAGGUUGCAGAAAAUUUGAAGAAAAAGAAGGCGAUUACAAUCAGCAUUUACCAGGAGGAACUGAGGAGAGAAGAGGAGGAGGAAGUGGAACGUAUGAAGAGGGAAAAAGAAAGUAGAAUAUGUCUCUGUCAAGAGGAACUGAGGAAGGACGAAGAGGAGGAGACACAGCUUUUGAAGAGAGCGAAAGAGGCAAGAAUCUGUCAGCAAAAGAAUGAGCUGAAGAGAGAGGAAGAGGACCGCUUAAAGGAGGAUAAAUUGAAGAAGAUGCGUGUGCGGCAGGAAAAGCUGAGGAGAGAGAGAGAAGAAAAUGUGGAGCGGUUGAAGAAUGAAAAGGAAACAAGAUUGCGUCUCUGCCUGGAAAGGGAGAAGGACAAGAGAACGAUGCGCCAGGGGGAAGUAAUCAAAGAAGAGGAUGAAGAGUCGCUAGCGAGGGAAAAGGAGAAUCAGCUAAAUGAAGAGGCUGAACCACUCAGGAGGGAAAAGCUAAUGCAUUUUUGCAAAGGCCUGAGGAGAGAGCAACAGGAAGAGGGCACUGAGCAGUUAAAGAAAGAGAAGGAGAAUCCACAAAGAGAGGAUGAUGUGGAGCCGCUUGAGAGGGAAAACGGAACAAAAUGUCUUCUCCAGGAGAAGCUGCGGCCUGUCGAGGAAGUGUUGAGUGACAAGAGAACAUGUCUCCGUCAGGAGAAACUGAUUUCAAAGAGCAAGGGGGAGACAUUGAACAUGAAGAGAACAUGUGUGCACCAGGAGGAACUGAGAGAGGAAAAGGUCUCAGAGUAUUUGAAACGAGAGAAACAGAAGCCAUUGCAUCUCAAUCAGGACAAAGUGAGCAUAGAGGAAGACACUGAACAAUUAAAGGAGACAGAGAAGAGAACACGUCUUCGCCAGGAGGAGCUGAUGCGAGAGGAAGAGGAUGUGAUAGAACGACUGAAGAAGGAAAAAGAGCAAAGAACACAGCACCGCCAAGAGGAGCUGAGGAGACAGGAAAAUGAGGAGGUGCAGAGGUUGAAAAGGGAAAAGGAAACAAGAAUUAUUCUCCGUCAGGAAGAGCUUAGGAGUGAGGAAGAAGAGAAGACACAACUUUUAAAACAGGAGAAGGAAAGAAGAACAUGUGUCCGCCAGGAGCAACUGAAGAGAGAGGAGGAAGAUGAGGUGGUGCGGUUUAAGUGGGAAAAGGAGAAGAGAACACGUCUUCUGCAGGAGAAGUUGUGGAUAGAGGAAGAAGAGGAGAGGUUGACCCGAGAGAAGGAGAAGCGAGCACGUUUCCGUCAGAUGGAGCUGAUUAGAGAGGAAGAGGAAGAGCGGUUGAAGAAGGAAAAGGAGAAGAGAACACGUCUUCGCCAGGAGGAGCUGAGCAAGGAGGAAGAGGAAGAGGCUGAAAGGUUAAAAAGGGAAAAGGAGAAGAGAAUGAUUUCACACCAAGAGGAGCUAAAGAAAGAAGAAGAGCAAGAAGCAGAAGGGUUAAAAAAGGAAAAAGAAAAAAGGAUGCAUCUUCUCUUGAAGGAGCUCAAGAGGGAGGAGGAGGAAGAGCGGUUACAAAAGGAGAAGGAAAAGAGGAUGCGUCUCUGUCUGGCUGAGCUGAGAGAGGAAGAGGAGGAGAUGUUGAGAUUAAAGAGGGGAAAGGAAACGAGAAUGCGGCUCUGUCAGGAGAGAUUAAGAAGAGAGGAGGAGGAGGAGGUAGAGAGGUUAAAAAGGAAGAAGGAGAAGAGAAUGCAUCUUUGGCAGGAGGAGUUGAGGAGAGAGGAAGAGGAGGAGUUGGAGCAGUUAAAGAAUAAAAAAAUGUCCCUCUUCAAAUUGGAUUUGGCAUGUGAAAAAGAGGAGGAGUUUGAGAGAUUAAUUAACAAGAAAGGAAAGAGAAUGCGUCUCUGUCAAAUGGACCUGAGAGGAGAAGAGGAGGAGAAGAAACUGAAGAUGGAGUACAAGGAAAGGCUGAACGUUUUCCAACCUUUCACCACACCUCCUAACAAAAAUGCCACAAAAAAGUAUACAUGUAAAUACUGAUAUUCUAAUCUUGUUUCAAUUUACUCACAAAUUGACUUACUCAAUGUGAAAUGUGGGCCUGCUUAAUUGAACACAAUGCUGUACUCAGGAAGGAUGCACAGGUUUGUGGUUCCCUCUCACAGCUAAUGGAAGAGCAUUCUGCUUCUUUUCUGCCUGUUGCAACACUGUUCGUCACUGGUAGGGAUGGGCAUCGAGAACCGAUUGGAACCGGGACUAACAUUCCGGCUCUCCCGGAAUCGUUCAAACUUAAAACUUUUGGUUCCCAGUUUCAAUGCCUACCGUCCGCCGACCCUGAAGAAUAAAGUGGCGAGAACCAAUGAAGAAGCGGCAAAGACCAAUGAGCAACGCGCACGAAGACAUGCUUGUGCCCAAUUGCGGCGGCAAACAAAAGGGUGUCUUAACUUUGUUAAAAUAAAUGACCAGCCGCCUCAGUGCAACACUUGCAAUAAGAUUAUAUUGUGCAAAGGAGGCUUUCACGACGUGUACAAGUCUGACGUGCUCCCUCCCGCUCCGAGCCUCAGCCUACACCGCACGGAACUUCAGUGAAGUCAAACUGGGUGAGUGAAACAAUAAAAUACGUCUAUGCCAACAUUGAGGCAUCUCACAAGUUAAUGGGUUGCUUUCAUUUUUGCACUGAUGGUUUUUAACGUUUAUUUUAGUCAUCAAACAGACGUAAGAGCUGAUGACAGAAAAAAAAAAGCUUAACAUUGAGCUAAAACUUCACCAAAGGUCAAACAAGCAACUUUCCAUCACAAUAAAUUGGGACAAAAUUCACAAACACAAACCUUCUGCCUUAUUAGUGGGUAGGUCAAGGAAUCAAUUCCAUUCAUUACUCUCUUUCUGUUAACGUUCGUUUUCAAAAUUCCGGUGUUGUGUUAAGUUACUUUUCAUGCCAAAAGGCUGAGUUCCGGUGCGUACCCUUCAAAAUAAAAAGAUACAAGCUUAAAACGAGAAGUCAAGUUAAACCUAGCACAUAGAAACCAUUUGACGUGGUAAAACAGUCCCAAAUAACUAUUUUAACAAUGCUAUAUUUAACUUUUUACAAACAUUAAUUAAUGAAUAUUAAGUCAAUUAGGUUAGUUCCACACACAUUGCCUUUUAGUUCACAGGUUUGAUAUUGAUACUGGUUAUAAAGAACCCAAGUCAAAUGUUCAUUGUAGUUUAUGCUGCGGGCUGUUAAGAAAAUGGAUGUUCAUAAUUUGGACACCCUUUAUUUAAACCAUACAAUUUUCUUUUGGACCCAGCCCCCUAAAAUAAUCGGAAUUGAAAAUCAUUUGGAACCAGAAUCGAAACGAGGAACCAGAGUUGUUCAUAUUCAAACGAUGCCCACCCCUAGUCACUGAUAGAUAGAUAGAUAGAUAGAUAAUAGGUGCCACAAAGAUUGGAUAAUGUUAAACAGAAGAUACAUGUGGAGACUACAAUACAUUACGGUUACAAAAAAAAAUUAAGUAUCUGAUCAAUAUCCAAUCCGUACACCACCUGAGGGCUUUGCGGCAGUGUCUCCUGGCCAAGAGGCGAGAAGA